AGCAUGAAUUUCCUAACCUCGCUGCAAGUGCAAGUUGAAGUUGCCUCGCAUGUUGAGCUGUGAACUAGCCAUGAAUUUGUCAACUCUACACGCGAUAUUGCCUUAUCUCGCAAUUUCCUCUUCUCUGACUAUGCCCCAGUGAAUCCCAGCUCCGGAAAAGUUAUUAAAUUCUUUUUUUAUUCUACAAUUGUUAUACGUAAAAUAGACCAUCAUCAUGGACCCUGAGCCUCCCGUCACAUUCAAAGAUUUGGGUGUGAUUGACUCUUUGUGUCAAGCGUGCAAGUCAUUGAAGUGGAAAGCUCCUACAAAAAUUCAGAAAGAGGCCAUUCCAAUCGCCUUGAAAGGAAAUGACAUAAUUGGUUUAGCCGAGACAGGAUCCGGUAAAACUGCUGCAUUUGCACUACCCAUCUUGCAAGCAUUGUUAGAUACCCCUCAACGGUAUUUUGCAUUGAUUUUGACUCCUACUCGAGAACUCGCUUUUCAAAUUUCUGAACAAUUCGAGGCUUUAGGUUAUGGAUGAAGCUGAUAGAAUUUUAAAUAUGGAUUUUGAGACAGAAGUGGACAAAAUAUUGAAAGUGAUUCCCAGAGAAAGAAGGACAAUGCUUUUCUCUGCAACCAUGACGAAGAAAGUUCAAAAAUUGCAAAGAGCCUCUUUGAAAGAUCCUGUGAAAGUGGAAGUUUCAACAAAGUAUCAAACAGUUGAUCAGUUGCAGCAGUAUUACAUUUUUAUCCCUGUUAAGUUCAAGGAUGUGUACCUGGUUCACUUAUUAAACGAAAUGGCUGGAAAUUCCUUCAUGGUAUUUUGUUCAACAUGUGCAAACACAAUGCGAGUAGCCCUGAUGUUGCGGAACCUAGGAUUGGGUGCCAUCCCUCUCAAUGGGCAGAUGUCUCAAAACAAAAGACUAGCUGCACUCACAAAAUUCAAAGCUAAAACUAGGUCUAUACUUAUCUCAACUGAUGUUGCUAGCAGAGGUCUUGAUAUUCCACACGUAGAUGUAGUUAUAAAUUUAGACAUUCCAACUCAUAGCAAAGAUUACAUCCAUCGAGUUGGACGGACUGCUCGAGCUGGGCGCUCAGGAAUUGCCAUAACUUUUGUUACUCAGUAUGAUGUGGAGCUGUAUCAAAGGAUAGAGCAGUUAAUAGGCAAGAAACUACCUUUGUAUAAAACAGAAGAGGAGGAAGUCAUGUGUUUGCAAGAGCGAGUAACAGAUGCACAACGGAUGGCUAGAAUAGGUCUCAAAGAUCUUGAUGACAAAAAGAGUGGGAAAAAGAAACGGAAAAGUACUGCACUUGAUGAUGAUCUGGAUGAUGGAACUGGAAUAAGAAAGAGGAUAAAAUAUCAGAAGAAAAAUAAAAAAUUCAAAAAAAGAUAACCUGCGGAAAAAGAAUGUACACAUGUUUUAAAAUAAAAUAAGUAUUUUUUUUAUUGUUUCAAUUCUCAAUAAAUUAAAUUAAGUUGAUUUUCA